GUAUAAAAUGGGGCUGGGCUCUGCCCGUGCAUCACAUAAAGUUCAACAUGAAGACAGGCACCAUCUUUGUUCUGGUGGCUUUCAUCGUCAGGGGGCUGGAGGUGGCCUAUACUGCGAGACCUACUUUCGGAGCGAUCUGUAUGAAUGAGUGUUCAGGAGACUGGGACUGUGAAGGAGGAAAAGAAUGCGUGGAGGUUGGCUGUGCACGUAUCUGCGCCCCACAGACUAAAAAAGGCUACUGUGAGAUCUGGUGCUGGAAAAACUGGAACUGUGGAGCCAGGAAAUGGUGCACGCAGAAGGGCUGUAGGAAAGUCUGCUCCAGCUCCUCCAGAGGAGAUUGUGUGGAGGAAUGCCGAGGACCCCGGGACUGCGCUGUAGGGAGCUGGUGUGUCAACAACGGAUGUGGCCAUGUCUGCAUACCCUUAGGAAACUCAGCUGAACAGAGACCUGGAACUUGUCCACAGCUGGCACCAGGAUUGCUUGGACCUUGUGUUGAAAUGUGCUCGGGGGAUGAAUCCUGUCCCCUGGGACAAAAAUGCUGCAGCCAUGGUUGUGGACACUCUUGUCAACCCGCUGUUCGAGCCGAGGAGGACUUCACUGUCCGUUUGGAUGAUAAUUGAACCUUGGCCUCCUUCAGUAACUGUUCCCAAACGUCAUCUUUAUUCUAAGAGCUGUGCUUUCUUACCAACCCCAGGAUCACAGGAUGUGGAUCUAAAAUAACUUGGUUUAAGUGUUGAAUUGUGGCAAUUGAGGACUCAUGGGGUGACUGCUUUCAAAAUUAUCUUUCUUCUUAAUAAAAUGAUUUCUGUAGCAUUAUCAAA